AUGAAGGCCACAUUGCCCGAGAACGACGUGGCCACGGAUGGAGAGAAGAAUCCAGAUCGCCUCCUCCACAGGAGGAAAACACUAACAACACCGGGGAUCACAGCGGAACGUAUGGUCGCGGUGACGAUGACAACAUUGCCCUUCCGCCUUCGGUGAUGACAGCUCCCGAACCCGACAAGAGUGCCGGCAACAGUUACUCAGAACUGCCGAAAAAAGGAACGGAAGAAAAGAGGUUUGUCAUCCAAAUACACUGUUUACUAUUCGUUUUCGCGCGUAUCGAAGGGGGAGCGGCCAUUUUCCUUGAAAUGCCUGCUUUUCAUGAUUAUUUAUUGUUCUCGAUGUCUUGCAGAGACCCUUGGUCUGGAAUUCGUUAGGCGGUAUCGGCCACACCUUGGUGAGUCGCUGUCCUCCUGCUGUCAUACCACCUUCAUUGCCUCCUUUUUCCCUUCUUUCACCUGAGCUUCCGGCUUAACCUGCUACCUUUCCGCCAGCGAGUAGUUAGGGCGUUAGCGUAUUUAAGGUGAGUUCUGCCAAUAUAUAUAUAACAUUCUGCCUAUAUCAUGCGCUGCUGUGCGGCUGCUGGUUGGGUUCGAGAGAGAACCCGUAAGGCAUAGCGAGGAGAGUGAGUUCCGUAAGAACGACGGGUGAGCGCCCCUCUACUAUAUUAAUGUAUAUGUAACGGCAGAUGGGCGGUCACCGAUCAGGUUACAGGACGUACCCAUACUAGAACCCUCGCAGGCAGUCGCACAGCGACUAGUAGGAGAAGUAAAUGAGAUUGUAUCGACAAAGACAAGCGGUACCGGAAUAACCAUUUCUGGCUCAUUAGCCGUCACCAUCCAGUCAUAACCAACCCCAAGUGUGGAUCACUUGAGAUUCGAAUCCAAGAUCUUUGGUCAUUUGGUUUGACACUGUCAUUGAGCCAUGGGCUCGUUGUCCUUUCGGUUUUGAUCGGGCAUAUCUGAGGGUAGACGACAGAGUCUGGGAGUAGAUUGAUACAGCACUGUUUUUGGGCUUGUUUGCCCUCAUCCAGCCAAUAGUAACCCUUGUCACCAGCCAGGACCGGAAACACAAACAUGCGCUCACACACCUGGCGCAGCUGGUCCACCACUGGGGUCUACCAGAUGGGUCAUAACCACUUCAUUAAACCGAAAUUAAUCAGUGCCUCGCCACCUCUCAUUCUCUGUCGCUGCAUAUCGGGUAUUUAUUCAGAAAUGGGCGCACGCCGAUCCAUUAUGUGUGUACAUAAAGGUAGAGGGUGCGCUCACCGAUCGUUUUCUAUGGAACUCCAUCGUCCCAUUAUGUCUUAUGGGCCCUCACUCGAACCCAACCAGAAGCCGCACAGCGGCACAUGAUAUAUGCAGAAUGGUAUUACCGACUGGUUGACGACGGCAAAUAAGCCAAAAAUAGCUAUUCCAGUCUCCCUUGUCUUUGUCGAUAAUGCCAUUCUGCCUAUAUCAUGCGCUGCUGUGCGGCUGCUGGUUGGAAUCGAGUGAGAGCCCUAAAGCCCAACGGGAGAAGUGAGUUCAGUACAUAUAAACAUAUAUGUAUGUAUUACGUAAGCAUCUCACUAAAAGUGCAACAAGCCCGACGCAGACGGCUGCCUCACGGUGGUUAUCGGUGCGUCGUAGGCCAUAUAAACUGAGUUGCAGAAACAUAUCAAAUGAGACGCUUCAGGAACAAAAUAACUUUAUUGCGUGCAUUUUCAAGACUGAUUCCACAGCUGGUCGUCAGACGUUCACUACAUAACCUUCUCUUACAAGUGAUUCUACGGUUGACUGAAACCUGCGCCAAUGCGCGUUAUUUGUACUUCGGCGUCCCCUCGGCACUGAGUGCGCUCGCUUCCACCCAUCCUCGAGAAAUUUAGGCUUGUAUGCGGAUUGUUGCAUGCUACAUCGGAGUGCAUUACUUCCAGGAAUUCACGGCUUCUCUGACUGGGCGAGCGCCUGCGAUGUGAGUGUUCUACGCAAAUCCAUGCCGUGUUCAGUGUUUGCAUGGCUACCUGUGAUAGAUUACCUCGUAACACCUCUAAGUGAUGCCCUUUUAAACGAGUUGAGACAGAUGUUCUAGUCUGGCCAUAAUAGGCAGUAUCACAGCUGACACAUGGGACCAUGUAGACAAAUUAUUUCCUAUUGAGGUAGCCAACCCUUUCCUUCGGGUUUCCGAUUUUGCCUCCAAUCUCGUAUCCAACGAACGGUUAUAAUCCGCACUCAAAAAGAGUCAGUCAGUUGCCCCGCUUCACUUGCAGAAUAAAGUGGCCGCUCACUCCUAAGAUCGUUCGCGAUGUCGUUUCGUCCAUGGUUGAUUAUACUGUUAAGGCCGCCGAUCGAAAUAAUGGGCAGGCGUUUUGAGAGCACCCGUAGGCCUGUGGUCCUCAGCAUGUGUGGCCAGCGAGCCAACGGGCUCAAUUUCGCUGCAGAGCCCCCUUCUACCGAAUUCAGCGAACGACAAUCAUCUGCGAUGUGAUGAACUUGCAGCGUAGUCAUGCAAAUCGGUUAUAGUGGACACCGCUACAUGAACAAAACAGUACUCUCCGCUCUUCACCGGCAAUUCCCUUGCUACAGCUAAAUGCAAACGAAGGUCGAAGACCGUAGUAGCAUAGUAAAUAAGUGCCGAUGUCGUGAAAAGAGUGAAGAUGAGCGAUCCUCUUAGGAGCUGGUCGAUGAAGGGAAGUGAAAGCUGGACCUAUCUGAAGUGCAUCAAAGAGAAGGUUGGCAAAGGGACUAGUCCAGACAGCGUCUCCAUACCAAAAAGACGCCGAGAAAAUCGGAUUAUAACCAAUGUGAGCAGAAGCUAUACUUGGCAUGGGGUACCUCGUCUAAGUCAAAGACGUACCUCACAGUAACCUGUUAAGACUUCGGAUCAAUGACACGAGGGUUCAAUAAGUCAGACCUUCCUUGAUGUGAAAUGCCUGAAAAGGGAGGAAAACCCUGAGAAUCUUCGAAGGGGAGGUAAAUAAACAGACAUGGAGGUAAACGGAAUCACACUUCUCGUUUUCAUUCAUGUGGCAUGAUGCUAUGCUUACUAUGCGCCUGCCUUUACAAACUUGCCCCAUCAACGUGCCAUCAAGUUCUCGUAGCUCAGAGCGCCUGAAUCACUAGUGAAUGGAAUGCCCGGGCGUGGUAGACUGGAUCGAGAGUUUGUAAAAGAUUUAAGACCAAGGGACUAGCUUGUUCGUUAUACUCGUCAUCCUCACUCAGAGCAACUGAAGGAUAUGCCUCAAGUACGCACGAUGUGAUAGCAAUCUCGACUUUCAGGACUGGUUGAAGUAUAUACAAUCGCUAGAGGAAUAGACGAUGUGGCAGUGGAGUUUCCCAACGUGGUAGUGUUGGGUAUUUUCAAGGACGUUCCGUAGACAAUGGCGGCACUUAUUGAGCGUGCGAGUUCAACAGUGGAAGAGGUUUCCUCAAGAUCCCGUAAAACGCUGGGGUAGGCAACCUGCGGGAGUCGUUUGGCCAUCGCAUGCGGAUUAUUUUAUGGACAUCGAUUUUCUCUUGGAGUCAGCGUAGUUUUUGCUUUUCCCGAGCCUAGAUAUGUUAAUACACAUAAUUAGGCCGCAGGUUGCACUUCACUACGACAGUGUCGCGCGCUAACCCCGCACUUGGUGCGCGUCGGUCCUGUAAUGCUAUCUUCAAGUCCGCAAGUCCUGCUUGACGUUUGCAGUGGGUAUGCUCAUGCUUUAUUGAUGUCUUCUCCGUCGUUUUUAUCUGUGCUCUCUAAGGGCCCGUCAGCUUUUCUUCGUUCGCCAAAUUUCUGUUUUAAUUUCUCGUCUUAAUGCACAUCUUAACAAUCUACUCUUUUCGUCUUAAAAUAUAGUAGAUUGUCUUCUCACUGGCUGCCAUUCUCAUGUCCACCAUUUCUUUGACGUUAAUUGAGCACUUUGGCUCCUCUCUUAUUGUUCAUUUUUCCAAAUUUUCUAUUCAGAAAAGAGCUGGUCGCCAAGGUCCCUGUAUGAGUGCCACGAGUCCGCCGCUAGGUGA